CAUUUACAAUUUUCGAACCUUACAAUGAUAGGGUCGUUGUUUGAAUACAAUAAAAAUGAUAGAAUAUAAUUUUUCAUUGUAAUCGAUAAAAAAUGUUUUUGUUCAGAUUACGUCUAGUUUUUACCACAUUUUACAGCAUUUAAAAAAUAAUUUUUACGUCUCUUUUCUACAUGUGAAAGUAUAAAUAUGAAGAGCAUUACUUACUACUUCGGUAAAACGCCAAAAAUAUCUGAUAAUAAUCCAAAUGAUAUGAAAUUCGAAUGUGAUGAAGUUAACGAAAAUGAUAAAGGAGUGAAAAGAAAGUUCAAAGAAAGGCAAUCUAGGGUGAAUAAAAAGAGCAAAAUAGAUGCAUCUAUUACAAAAAAUAAAAUACUUCAACAGCAUACUCUGAAAACAAGUAAUAAAGAAGGUUUUUUGAUUUCUCAUGAAAAUAUUAGUCAACUAAAACCUCUUCUUGAACUCGAUACGCAAUCAGUGGAAAAUAAUAAUACCAGGUCAUUUAAAAAAUGUAUAAAACCUGAAGAUCAAACGAUUGAAAUCAAAUUUCAGAGUGAUGAUAAAUCCAUUUAUUAUUCGUCAAGUAGUAGUUUGAUUAAUAAUUUUAAUACGAAGGAAGGUUUCGAAAAAGAAAUCAAAUCAAGUCUAUUUUCUAAAUUCAGUCACAUUGAAUCAAAUUCUCAUAAAAAACAGAACUUAGAUAUAUUAUACCAAAAUCACUCACUUGAUUCCAUGAAAAAAAGCAAAAGAUGUGUUAGUGUAGUUAAUCAUGAAUUCGCAAGUAACUACAAAUUUUCAGAGAAAAUGUGGAUUAAAUUAAGAGAAAAGAAGACCAUAUUUGUUAUGAGUCACGAUGGACAAGUAGAUAGUUGCUCGAAAACCAUGAACUCAGAGAUUAUUCAACAAAAAAAUAAAUUUAUCAGAAAAGAGAAAAAUUCGAAUGAAACCCUAAAAUCAAUUUCUAAUGACUUAUGGAUCAAGAAGUAUAGACCAUCGAAUAGUUCAACAAUAAUUGGUAAUAAUGAGGCCAUUUUGAAAUUAAAAACAUGGCUAAACACCUGGAAUUACCACCAAAAUAAAUUAAAUGAAAGCAGUAGCGAUGAAUUCCAUAUUAAUAAUCAUGAGGAACGUAGCUUCCCUCCGAAUACUGUUGCGAUACUGAAAGGACCUCAUGGCUGUGGUAAAUCAUCUAGCGUUUAUGCUAUCGCAGAUGAACUUGAAUAUAGAGUUCUUGAAGUUAAUGCUUCUGCAAAAAGAACUAAAAAAAUUAUUUCUAGACAAAUUAAAGAAGCUACUGAAUCUUUUAGAGUAAAAGACAGGAAAAAUGUAGAUGAAAAUAAAAAAGGAAAAAAAGGAAACCUCAAUUAUAGCUUUUAUCGUUCACUUAUUCUUAUUGAAGAUAUUGAUAUUGUUUUUGAUGAAGAUGAUGGGUUUAUAUCUGCUGUUAUACAAUUGAUUUCGGAAACAAAAGUGCCAAUAAUUAUAACCGUGACCAAUACACACUUAGAUGUUUGUAAAAUAGCUCCACAGAAUAUAACUAUACAUUUUGAUAAAGUGUCAAGUAAGGAAAAAGACGAUUGGUUGCAGACUAUAGCACUUAAAGAAACAGGUUAUGAAAUUCCACAUAAAUACAUAAAAGUUCUUGGUUCAAGUGGUGAUCUCAGACAAAACAUACUACAGCUUCAAUAUGACUUAUCUACUACUGUAAAAGAAAAAAGUUCAUUAUAUUUUCUCAACUCUUAUGAUUUUUAUAAUAACAGGGAAUGUGGAUCGAUUCAAAAAUAUUAUGACUGUGAUAACCAAACAAAUUACAAUCACCAUAAACAAGAUUUAUUUCAUUGUUUAAAAUGCGCUAUCCAUACAGCAGAUAAAAUCUCGCGCAUUGAUAAACAAUUCAAUGAGAACAUAAAAAUGCCAAAAUUUCAUAAUAUUACUGUACAACCAACAUUAACGCUCGAUGAAAAUCAACUUUUGUAUUCUAAAGCAAAUACUAAUAGUGUAGAGAUUAAAGAGUGGUUAAUGUUAGCCACAAAUAAGAUAUUAAACGAUGUAGCUGAUUCGAAAUAUUUUUCUAAAUAUAGAUCUGUCGGCAAUUCUUUGCAGCAAAUUUGUCAAUCAGAUGAUAUUUUAUCUUCAGAAAACUUCAGUCAUGUGGAUAAUCGUAUUUUAGUUGUAGAGUAUGCUCCAAGCAUUCGUGCAAUUUGUAAAGCAGAAUUGGAUCGAAGUAAUCAGAAUAAGAGGAGAGGAAACCGAUAUUACCACUAUUUAUCAUGUUUCAAAUUGAUUGAUAGUAAAACUCGUGCCUUAAAAAAAAUAUCUUACUGUCAAAAUUAUUUUAAAAAUUAGUUAAUCCAUGAAAUACACCAAAAUAAGUGUUAUCGUUUGUCGGCUUGUAUAAAUUAAAAAUUCAUGAGAAAUAAGUAUUUUAAUUUAUGCAUCUUGCGUCGACCGUGGCUAAGUGUGAUUGAGUAUGAAUUUAAUAAAAAAAAAUAAAGAAAUUAAUGUAGAUACUUGAUAAUCCUAGAGUUUUUUUUAUAUGUGUUGGAUGACAUGUACUUAAGUAGGAGAAAGUGUAGCUUUAUUUUAAUUCCAUAGAUCUUCAUAUGUCUUUUGUUACUGAAUUCUUUAAAUAAAUAUCUUAUUUAAUAAUAUGA